AUGCAUGACAUGAAUAUCGAGAAUGGCCAGCAUAUCGAGCAAGGAGAGAAUGCCGAGAAUGCCGAGAAUGCCGAGAAUGCCGAGAAUGGUGAGAAUGCCGAGAAUGCCGAGAAUGGUGAGAAUGCCGAGAAUGCCGAGACUGGUGAGAAUGCCGAGAAUGGUGACAAUGUCGAGAAGGAAGAGAAUGCCGAGAAUGGUGAGAAUGCCGAGAAUGGUGAAAAUGCCGAGAAUGCCGAGACUGGUGAGAAUGCCGAGAAUGGUGACAAUGUCGAGAAGGAAGAGAAUGCCGAGAAUGGUGAGAAUGCCGAGAAUGGUGAAAAUGCCGAGAAUGAUGAGAAUGACGAGAAUGCCGAGAAUGGUGAGAAUGCCGAGAAUGGUGAGAAUGGUGAGAAUGCCGAGAAUGCCGAGAAUGGUGAGAAUGCCGAGAAUGGUGAGAAUGGUGAGAAUGUCGAGAAUGCCGAGUAUGGUGAGAAUGCCGAGAAUGGUGAGAAUGGUGAGAAUGGUGAGAAUGUCGAGAAUGGUGAGAAUGUCGAGAAUGCCGAGAAUGGUGAGAAUGCCGAGAAUGUCGAGAAUGCCGAGAAUGGUGAGAAUGCCGAGAAUGUCGAGAAUGGUGAGAAUGUCGAGAAUGCCGAGAAUGGUGAGAAUGGUGAGAAUGUCGAGAAUGCCGAGAAUGGUGAGAAUGCCGAGAAUGCCGAGAAUGCCGAGAAUGGUGAGAAUGCCGAGAAUGGUGAAAAUGUCGAGAAUGAAGAGAAUACCGGGAAUGGUGAGAAUGUCGAGAAUGCCGAGAAUGGUGAAAAUGAUGAGAAUGGUGACAAUGUAGAGAAUGAAGAGAAUGCCGAGAAUGGUGAGAAUGCCGAGAAUGGUGAGAAUGGUGAGAAUGUCGAGAAUGCCGAGAAUGCCGAGAAUGACGAGAAUGGUGAAAAUGGUGAGAAUGCCGAGAAUGCCGAGAAUGGUGAGAAUGUCGAGAAUGCCGAGAAUGGUGAGAAUGCCGAGAAUGCCGAGAAUGCCGAGAAUGGUGAGAAUGUCGAGAAUGCCGAGAAUGGUGAGAAUGCCGAGAAUGCCGAGAAUGGUGAGAAUGUCGAGAAUGCCGGGAAUGGUGAGAAUGUCAAGAAUGCCGAGAAUGCCGAGAAUGGUGAAAAUGUCGAGAAUGCCGAGAAUGGUGAGAAUGGUGAGAACCCCGGGGAUCAAACUUUGGCGAAAGGCAAAAAAGGCCUACUUUGGGGGUGUGGUUCGCCGAAUGGGGCAACGAUAGAAGGCUUCAAAUGGUUGAAACAAGUGGACGCCCUCUAG